AUGGCAAAACAUCUGAAGUUCAUUGCCAGGGCUGUGAUGGUAUAAGAAGGGAAUAUAGAAGGUGCAUACAGGACCCUAAACAGCAUCCACACCAUGGAUGGGCUCACUGAGGACUUUAAGCAACCAUGGUACUAUAAAAAGCCUUGUCCCAGACGACAAAAGGAAAGCCGUGAAACCUGCCAGCAGAUCUACAACACGGAAAUGGCUCGCAAGUUCAAUUUCUUGAUGUGUAAGAAUCAGGCGGAUCCAUGGCAGGGCUGCUGA